AUGGACCAGCCGGAGGUGCAGCACGAGCGCAAGCGCCGAAAAUGGGACGUCCCGGGCCCGGCCGCGGGGUCGGCGCCCCCGACCGCCGGCCAGGCGAUCGGCUUCACAGCCGACGCGGUGUUCCAGCCGCCGGCAGUGGCAGUGCGCCCCGGCCAGCCCCCCGGCCCCGACGCCAUCAAGAGGGCGCAGGAGGCCGCGCUGGCGGUUGUCAGCAAGCUCAACAAGGAGUCAGUGGCCAAGGGCCUGAUACCAGCGGCAAGGCUGGCGAGCCAGGUCGAAGAGAAGAAGGAGAUCUGCCGGGAGGUGGUCAUCAACGACGCCCCCAACCAGAUUCGGUACCACCUCACCAGGCGCGGCACCCAAGAGGACAUCCAAAGGCGCACAGCCACAGUGAUCGUCACCCGUGGCACCUACUGCCCCCCGGGCGCGAAGCUGGACGAGAGGGACAAGCCACUGCACCUGCGCAUCCUGCCGGGAGCUGGAGCGGGAUAUGAUGAUGCCUCAAAGGAGCGUGCUGUAGAAGCAGCUGCGGCAGAAGUGCAGAGGCAAAUGCGAGGCGACCAGGGCUCAAGUGUUGGCCACCAUGGGUCCAGCCGGCCAGGGUGCUCCCUGGGAGGCUCAGAACAAGUUCCAUAUGGAAGAGGCAACAGGGCUGUUCCUGGACAGCAGCCUGUGUCUUUGCAAUCGUACCAGGCAAAGCUGCCCAUUGGUCUGCAGGCACCUCCAGAGUUUGGUUUGGCAAGCAGGCUGCAAGGACCAGAUGGCUGCUACCUUCAGCACAUCAUGAAACAAACUGGAGUGACUGUUGUUCUGCAAGGGCAAGGUUCUGGAGGACCUGCUGGGCAGGAACCACUGCACAUGCUCCUCACCAGCACAAACAGCCAGAGGCUUGAAGAGGCCAAAAGCUUGGCUGGAAACCUCAUAGACACUGUCAGGACUGAGUACUACCGCCGCUACCCUGCUCCCCCUGCAGCUUUAGUGAGGCCUCCAGCCACUCCGCCACCAUAUCCUCUGCCUGCUGCCCCGCAGCCUCCGAUGCCUCCAACUGCAGCGACAGUCUCAUACCCCACAAUCCCACCCUACCCACAAGCGCCAGCGUAUGCCCGGCCUCCCCAGCCGCCUCGUCCUCCCUACUUCAACGCUGGCCAUCAGUACUACACACAACCCCCCUUGCCAGCUUCUCAGCCAGGACCACCGCCUGCCCCCAUGCCAGCAGUGCCUCCAGGGCGGCCUCCAUAUCCCCAACCAUAUGGGCACCCACCGGGCAAUUCGGCCAGUACCUAUGCGCAGGUGCCGCAACAGGGUCCACCAGGUGGAGCAUACGCCUACCCAGCACAGCAGCCUCUGCAAACUUCAGUUGCCAUGGCGAACCCUUCGCCACAGCCAGCUCAACCAAGUGCUGGUACAGGUGGCAGCUUAGGCAAGCGCAGGUUCAGGGAGUUCGCAGGGCAGGCGGCCACAAGCCAGGCGGAAAGUGCCAAUACCCUUGCCGCAUCAAGCGCCCCCGCCAGGAUGCCACAGCCCCCGGCUCCACCCGUGCCUCCGCCUCUCCCCCCACUCCCGCCUGACACUGCAGAUGCGCACCAGGUCACAGCCAGCCAAGGCUGGGCACCGCCUGUCCCUCCGCCACUGCCGCAAACUCCCCACGUGCUGCCACCAGGUGAGCAUCCAGGAGAAUGUUAUGGUGGAAGCCACAAAGGGGCACUAUGGCCUUAG